UGCGUGUUAGCUUUCAAAUAGAGUAGACUUAUUUUCAUUGGAACACAAAAAGAUAUGGCAGCAACCGAAACCACAGCAGAUGUUAACUUUACAACUGUUAACUUUACAACUGCACCACCGCAAGAACCUUGGGAUUGCAAAAGAGUUCACACCUCGAUGGAGCUAUGGAACCGAUUUUCUGAGGGAGGGUCAUACUAUUAUGGAGUAAUGAGCGUACCGCUUAUUAUUCUCGUGCUUCUUGUCUUAAUUUACAUCGACGAAGUAAACUUUUUACUGAAAGAUUCGGUUUACACGAAAAGGACAAGAUAUUCAAUAUGGGUCCUCUCUUCUUUUCCAUUUCUUGGAGUUUGCUACACAACUGGACUUUUCGUUCCCAGGACAGCUGAGGUUGUUUCAUAUGCGGCUGGAUAUUACUAUGCGAUUUCGUUGAAGAAGUUCACAGCUUAUUGUUUGCACCUUUAUGGCGGAAAAGAAGGAAUGGUCGAAGCUCUAAAGGGCGACAAAGUAGUCUCAUCGAACCCAUUUCCUUGCUGCUUCGUUUGCUGCUGUUGCAAUCAACCUCUAAGUCUCGAACGUCUUCGAAUAUUGGACUGGAUCGUCUACCAAGUUGUAUGGGUCUACCCUUUAUUUGGCUUCUUUCAGGUGCUUGUUGCUGCUGAAUAUGCAGGCAGACCAUCCGCUGGCGUAGCGUUCACAAUGUUUAUACUCGGAGGUGUGUGUACUGUCUCCAGCUUUGUCUGUCUAUAUGGGUAUGUAAUCAUUGGAAGAUCGUCUAGAUUUGUACUAAAACAAUUCCACUUUCGAGGAAAAUUUGCUUUUAUUCAAAUAUUGGUUGGUUUCAACACAUUACAACGAAUCUUGAUUUCUUUUCUGUCUUUCUUCAAAGAAAUUCCAUGUGGCUUCCCAUAUCCCGAUAAAGAACAAGCAUUUUUGUAUCAUUCCUACAUAAUUUUGAUAGAAAUUCUCUUAAUUUCACUCGUUUUGAGAUAUUUCUAUAAAAAUUCUGAGCACGGAUGUAUAGUGGAAAAAACAGAAGUUGAAACCAGUGUCUACAAAAAGAAAGAGGAACUGUCUGCUUUUUCCAACAACGCUAUUGAAAUGAAAACUGUAGAUGAAAACAACAAACAAGUUUAUAUAGAAGCAGUAUAAACAAAUAUAACGUUAGCCUCUAACUAUAUUCGAAAACUGAAUGAAUGCAUUAGAGCGAAAAAUGCAUUAAAGUUAUGAAUGUCAAGAUUAAAUGUAUUUUUGAUUAAUUUAUGUAUUCAGAAAUAAUGUAACUAAGUUUCAUGUUUAAUCUUAGCACUUUCUGCUUUAAGAAGAGACUGUGUUACUGUUACUAUUGCUGGCUGCAUAUGUAGCAGAUGUUUUACCCCCCAUUAUUUUGGCACAUGCAUUAGUAUGUAUAUAAUAACAACUUGAAUCUUGUAUUUGCAUGGAAAAUGUGUAUAAUGUAAAGUAGGGUGGGAAAGAUGGAACACCUUUUCAAAAUGGAACACCUUUUCAUUCUAUUUUCUUGUCCCAUUUGGUACGGUGGUAAACUGUUGUUUUUUUGUUUAAAAGACCAGAUUUGGAUAUUAUGUGGUAAAGGUGUUUCCAUCUACUCCCAUCCCACUAUAUAUAGUAAGUGACGAACUCAUACUUUUGAGAGAUGUAUUGUAAAAUCAAAUAAGAACAAAUUUUACCAGUUUUUUUAUUCCACAAUCAUUUCAAAUAAUUUAGAACAUGACAGCAUUGUAAAAAUAUACGGUAUGUGAAUAAAAAAGUACCUCAACCAAUAAAAUCACACAAAUAUCC